AGACUCGUCCGCUUCCUGGCCAAAGAUGGCAAGACAUAUUAUGGCGAUGCACUCGUGCCAUCUGGAGCCAACGACUUGACAAGAGUGGCUCAGGCCAAGGUUAUACAAGGCACACCAUGGGGACAAUAUCAGGUUACUGAGCGUGUAGCUGAUGUGCAGAAGCUCCUUGCACCACUCGCCCGGGAGGACAUCAGGACUGUCCGCUGCCUCGGCCUGAACUACGAGCAGCAUGCCAUCGAACCUGUCACUGCAGUCACAGGGCCGUUCGACAAGAUCCCUGUCUGCGCAGCUGCUCAAGAAGGCGAAGGUCUCGACUACGAGUGCGAAUUGGUCGCUGUGAUUGGAAAAGAGGGCUCAAGCAUUUCCGAAUCCCAGGCACUUUCGCACGUGGCAGGAUAUGCUGUAGGAAAUGACGUCUCGCACCGUGACUGGCAACUCAAGCGCGGUGGUGGUCAGUGGGGUCUGGGUAAAGGCUUCGAUAAAUGGGCGCCCUUCGGUCCUGCCAUUGUCAGCACCAAACUCAUCCCAGACCCGCAAAAUCUGAGGAUCACGACCAAGGUCAAUGGCAAGACUGUCCAAGAUAGCAACACGGGAGAUAUGAUUUUCGGGAUCGCCAAGACUAUCAGCAUCCUGAGUCAAGGUACCACUUUGUUGCCUGGAGAUCUGAUCUUCACUGGAACUCCGCAGGGCGUUGGUAUGGGCCGCAAGCCUCAGGUUUGGCUGAAAGAUGGAGACGUGGUUGAAGUCAAUCUCGAGGGCGUGGGCAGCUGUAUCAACAGGGUCGAGUUUGAAAAGACAAAGGCCAAACUGUGA